GUGACAGAGAACAUCAUCUCCAAACAAACCUUCAUUGAGGCCAGAACCAUGCCUCGCUCCUUCAACAAUUCGGGGUCGAAGUUCGUGACCUCUGUGGCCCAGAGGCCAUCUGCCCACCUGACCCUCAGGGACACCAGUUCUCAAGGGUUUCCUCCCUACCCGAUCCCCACGCCAGGACUCCACCAGUCCUGUCGCCACGUGGUCCGCUCGUGGGCCAAUCAGAGCUUCGGAGCGCACCUGCACAACAUGACCCUGUCCAAUGGGAAGCUGCGAGUGCCUCAGGAUGGGCGGUACUACCUGUACUCGCAGGUGUACUUUCGCUAUCCGUCCCCAGCAGCCAGUGACGGGGACCAGCGCAGCGUCAGCCACCAGCUGGUGCAGUGCGUCUACAAGAAAACCUCCUACCCGAGCCCCAUUCAGCUCCUGAAGGGGGUCGGAACCAAGUGCUGGGCCCCGGACGCCGAGUACGCCCUUCACUCCGUCUACCAGGGAGGACUGUUCGAGCUGAGGGCCGGCGACGAGCUCUUCGUCUCCGUCUCCUCCCCCACCAUGGUCAACGCCGACGACUCCUCCAGCUACUUUGGCGCCUUCCGUCUGGACCUCUGAGAGGAAGCGAUGGGAGAAGAAAGAACACUUGGGACGAUGGACGGACAAACAGAUGGGCUGGAGACAUUAAGCUAGGGGCCUUUUAAUAUCCAUUGAUUGGAGAAAAAACAAAAGGCUCGUAUAGACGGACGUGUGGGAUGUUGCCCUGCAUCUUGAAUCCUCAAUGUUUGCUUGGACAGAUACAUUGAAGGAUGGAAGGGUUGGAGUUUGAAAGGGUCGCUUGAGUGAUGAACGCGAGAAGAUGGAGCGAAAGGGAAAAGUGGAUUUGUCUUUCCAACUCUCCAUUAAGAGAAACCUAACCGUCGAGAGCAAGAUUAUACAGAGACACAUGUGCAAUCAUGGAAAAUAAAUGUGAGGAUAUUGAUUUACAGUUGAUUCCUGAGGAGAGAAUUUGCUGUUCGGAUGGCAAAAAGAGAAGCGAGCCACAGAAAAACAUCAAAAAACCUUCCCGUAGGAUGAGAAAAGCCCCGAAAAAAAAUAAAAUUUGGCUACUGCGCGGUCUGCAUCCCAAAUCAAUGCAUAAAUCUCGAUUCUCCUUCGGCGACCGUUUUGUGGGAAGCGAUCGGACCCUUGGAUUUGGAUCCCAGACUGAAGAAUGUACACACAAUAAAAACUUGGUCCUCUGCGUCGAAGCUGUGGGGACGGACUGUUGAAGGGUGGCAGAAGAAAAUCAAAGAUCAAACCAAAGCAAGAUUUUUUUUUUUGGAGUAUAACUUUAAGCGUGCCAUGAGUACUGUACAUAUGUGUGGCUGAGAAUGAGAUCUGGACAAUAGACUGUGGUGAUUUUAAAGGUAAUUCUUGUGUAUGAUACUUUGACUGGACUUAAAACCACUUGGGUUGUCUGCUCGCAACACUAGAACUGUGGAUUUUUAUGCAAAGACUUUCAGCGGAGGAUAAGGAGCGCCUCUCUUUACUGGAUACUGUGGACAGAGCCGAGAGCUUUUCGAACAAGAGUCGGCAAAGAAAAGGAGGAAUGAAAGCAAAGGCGGAGGAAGAGGGAGAAGUCUUGUAAAGGCCAAGAAGAAUGAGCCCAGCAGAGGAAGAUGAAAGCAAAGAGAGAGAGGCUGAGGGCGGUAUGCAGCCUGACCAGCCGGCGUUGUUGAUCUCUUCCCUCGCUUUCGCAUUCCCCCGAUUCUUUCUCCGUCUAAACCAUUUUAUCCAUCUCGUCUUUCUCGUCUAACCUGUGAAGCUGCAUCGUGUUUUAUUUUGAGCAGAACGUGCAAAUAGGCUUGUUGCGCAAUCACAAGGGUUCACAAGUGAGCGUGCAGGAACAGUGAACUUUUUAAGGUUAGAGGAACUGAUUUCCACAGUGCUCUCCAGAAGUAUGUGCAACUCGUAGGUAGAACCUUCACAUGUAGCACAGAUUUAGCACACUUUUACUCGACAUUUGAUCUGCAACACAACAAAUUUCAAUACAAACUACAGCAAGUGUGCACAAAACCAACAACAGAACUUCUGAAGUUGCAGUACUCUCUUCUUUUUAGUUAGGAUGUGAAUUUAACACAGAAAUUCAAGGGUAUGAUUUGUCAUUUUGGAAAUACACAGAUGUGCUUUCAGGCCAAGCAUCAGAUUUUAUGUCUGUUUUUUUUAAUUUAUUAAUCUAAAUCCAUAAAACAGUUAGCUUAGCUGAGCACAGAGGGGAAACGGCAACAUGACAGUGGGCUUAUGUCACCUGUGGGUCAGGUUAGCAAAGUAAAUCGACCAGGCAACUCCUGGUAAAGCAGCCUCAUCUCAGCAAGAGCAUCUUCCAAAAUGUCAAACUGUUCUGUUCGUGGUAUCUUUAGCUUCUGUGCUAAACUCCCAAAAUGCAACUACUCCUUUAACACGCAACCGCAAGACACUGACAUGAUACGUGCCAAUCAGUUAGCCGCUGACAAGAAAACAAAACCUAAAUGUUGUUAUCAGCGCUAAAACACAAACAGAUGAACACGGUCCCCAGUCGCUCAGAAACAACGAUGCGCACAAUCACACGUGCAAACAUUUUGAGCAAUUCAAACACUUAUAAGGCUGGAACCCGCCCAUAUGCUGCGAAUUUAGAACAAAAGGUCCCUCAGUGAAGCUGUUCUUCAUGAGAAUAUCAGGAAAACACGGAGCAGAGUCGGUAGCACUAUAAAAGAAAGCUCUGGAAGGAGCCGGAGAGGAUAUUCAGACAUAAACCAUGCACCGCCGAGCACAAACUCAACCCCUACACGCCGUCUUUUUUUUUUUGUCUGGAAAUACACACAUCACCUCGCAGCACAUUGAGGCCAGCCGGUGCUCCGCAGACACACACAUCAUCCGGUGUCACAUCGAGUGUAAAAACACAAACACACUCUGACACACACACUCAUUAAUCCACGCUGUCUUGCCUCCCCGUGCCAUCUGGUAGUUGUCAGUGAUCAGGCACGCAAUGAGUGUGUGUAUAUAUGUGUGUGUGUGCAUUUACAGUAUGUGUUUGUUCAGAGCACAACUCAGAAAUUGAGGUCAAACAACUUGACUCACACCUUGUUUUGUUUGGCGUGACGGAGAAAGGAUUAACGCACACACACGGUUUCUAAGGUGACAUCCAGAGUGAGCCUCUGGCGCUGUGGGUCACGUGUUCCUGUAAUCUACGCAAGGCUGCGUUACACUACAGGUUUGCCCGUUUAUUUCGCUGCUCCAAGCACCAAACUGACGGCGGGUUUCAUUUUGUGUUCGACCACCGUUGCAAUUGCACCUGGUCACGUUUCUGCUGGACUUCCUUUCAGCCCUCCGCAGCAUCACACACACGAUGCUCGCUCUCCGUCUGAACCGGAGACUGUUUGUUAUCCAGGGCGAACUUCAACAAUCACCAUAAUGCAACGUACGCUCUCGUAUUGUGAUAGCACGGCUCCCUGGACCAGCUGGGAAAACAUUUUCCUUCGACGAGCUGUGUUUGUGCUGGACAGUUGUGCGGCCGUGAACAUGUGUAGCACAGUGUUGCCCAGACAGUAAACAAAUGUCUGAACUUUCCCUGCGUAUGUGAAGAUGUGCAGUGAAGCCAGACAGUGACUUAGGACAUCUUUGAGCUGCUAAUCUGAGUGCAGGCGUCCCGGUUGGCAUGGAUUUAGUUAUUUGAAUAAAUCUAAAAAGUUAAAAUUGGUCUAAACUCGCCUGAAAAGCAUCUAAGGUGGUGUGUAAUCUAGCUCCAUGGUUCCAAACAGGUGGUCAGCAGCCUCAAAAGUUCCACAAGAUUUUAACUUGGAACAUAAAGAAUAAAAAACUAAUUUCCUCGAGAAAAGUUUGUGUUGAAAUUGGGAAAAUUGUUUUUUUUUUUUUUGGACAAAUAUUAGAUUUGUCCUAAAGAAUGCCCUAAAAACUUUCCCUUCUCAAUCGAACUCAGUGCCGCUUUAACAGACACUCACUGCGAUGGAUCCUCUCACUUUCCGAUCUACAAAUCAUCGCUCCUCGCUCAGAAGUCAGAGAUAGUUUCUGGUCCGCCGCCGACUGGCGACCUGUGACCUUCCUGUGUAGCAGUGAGUGCAGGAGAGAAGAGAAUACCUCCCGAGACGCAUAAAUCCAGCUGCAAACAACUGGCAGUAGUCCUUCUGGGAUUAAGUCCAGCGAUCACUUUAUUACAUAUGUUUGCAGUAAGCACAACUCGUGGCUCGUACUGGUAGGUCUGUUCAAUUUCUGUUUUUCAAAUGUUUUUCAUUUGCGGCACCCUGCAGAGCGAGCCUGCUCGUCUCUCAGCACUGUCACAACAUCAGUAAAUAAAUAGCGCGCGCGUGCAGAGGAACAUAAAAACCAUAAGCGUGCCGGCACUCAGUGGGGUAGUGUCAAAAUACGUCCUCCCUGCAUUUCAAGGCAUCUGCAUAAACUGCUGCAUUUUAAGAAAUAUGCACAAAGUAAUAUACGGUAGCUCUGGAUGCAGCCGUACAGCCGGUUAGAGCCGACCUCAAACUGCAAGUUAUGUAAAAUAGAAAAACUUCCCCAAAACUACAAUAAUAUAAUCAUGCAUUCACACCCACAGAAAAUUGGCAGCGCAGUCCAGAAAUGUUAAGACGCUCUUUUAGCUCCGUGAAUUGAAAGAAAGGCCUCGACCACACUAACGAGAACACUAAAUAAUCGUCUCCACAUGACCGUCAUUUUACGAAAUAUUUCCAACACAAAAACAACAAACCACUUUAUAUCAAUCACGCAUCAAAGCACCAGAAAAGGCAGGAAUUUUAUUGCUUCUGCAGACUAGAAAUUGCAGAUUAUGCGGACCAGUUAUAGUCGGGCACAGCAGGCACAGAAGAAAGAAAUCUGUAAAUGCAGCUAUUGUCGUUUCUGAUGCUCAUUAGACAUAGAUGUUGUUAUAUGCUGGAUAAGAGGCCCAAACAUAGAGGAAAAUGUUUGUUUUGCAAAAUAUACACAUUACUGUAGGAGGUGCAACAUUUUGGACUGAAGUUUGAGGGUAUUUGGGUUUAUUUAAAUAAGCAGAAGAACAGCCUGUAUUACUGUGAUCCAACAGUUACCGACCACAAGUUUGACUUCAGAUGCAGGAAACAGCAUCGUUAUCCGUGUAUGACUGCACUCUAGUCUGAAUAUAAAAAAACGAAUGCAGACAGACGAUGCAAACCACACUUUAGGUUAAGUUCAAAUCCUGCAGCAUUUUUGUUUAAAGCACCACCAAUGUGAUCAAAGUUGUAUUUCUGUAAACGCUGCACUGAAACAGUCCCAUGUGAACGCACAAGUCUUUGUCUAUCUCAGCCAGGGAGAGAGUGUGUGCUGUUAUUUGAAUCUAACAUGUUGUUAGCGGUCUGCUCUCAAUCCAACACAAGGUCAAUUUAAUUAAUUACAUGGUAAAAGAUAAAAUCACCACAACCCGGCCGUAUUUGACUUGGCAGUUCAGACCGUGUUCCUGAAUAAUGCUCAUUGUUUCACAUGCGUGUAAAACACUUUUUCCUCCCUGUAGCUGCAGUGUGUGUGUUUUCGCUGCACCGCGGCGGUUUUGGACAACAGCAUGUAGCAUUACUGCAGAAACUGCCAGACCAUAAUUUCAGGACACUGUGCAUUACUUGCGCUCCCAUCAGAUCUGGAGAAAGACACUUAAAGAGCUGCAGGAUCCACACAACACAUGUAAAUCGGCACCGAGACCAGUUUCCAGCUGUGUCCCGUUUAGAGCUCCCAUCAGAGAUUAAUGCUCUGUUUGUAUUUUGACAACAUUAAGACUUGAUGAAUGUGAUUAUGUGUUUUCAAAAGAGCAACAGUUUGUUUUUAGCUUCACACAGGGAAGGAGAAGGCCACCAGCUAGCCACUGGUUAGACGCUGACAUUUGGUUGUUCUACUUUAGGUAUUAAAAGGUAAAGUAAGGUAGAAAUCUGAGUCACCACAGCGCAAAUAAGUUUGAUCUUUUCUGACUUCUGGAAGAAUUUAAAUCCUGCACCGUUAAUUCAUUUCUUAACACGUUGCCGCAAAAUGAUUGGCUGGGCUGUCGGCAUCGUCACGUAUUCUUAUGAUUUAAUGACACUUCCUUCCUGAUUGUUCUGCCUCGGCCAUUAUUUUAUUACAAAAAAAACAUCUGUUGUUUAUGAAAUAAUUCUCUGUUCGCCUCAUGGUUGCUGAUCAAAACUGGCGAGCGUGCUUUGAAAUCCGUCCCCAACCGUCGCUGGUGUCCAACGCUCCGACGGGUCGACAUGCCGGCUCAUCAGGACCAGAUUACGGACGUCGUUCCACCGACUGUAAUGUGUCCCCGUUGAGCCCGACACAGGAAAAAACAAUGUUUGAAGCAUUUAGCCAACUUAUCGACUGCAACAAGAGAAGCUAAACGCAAUCCAGACUUCUGUUGCAAAGAAAGUUUGAGAAAAACAUAAUAUGCUUGUACUUGUACGCUUAACUGAAAGCUCAAAACAUUAAAAAAGAAAAAAAAAAAAACCCAGUGAGGGGGUGAGGACAGGCAAAUUGCUCUCACUUUAGAGGACCGGAGAAACAUAAUAGCUCGUACACAAUACAAAAUGAGUAGAAACACAUGCAAAAGAUGCAGUUUUCAGCCGCACAGUCCCUCCUUUCUGCAGUUUUUUUUUCUUUCAUGUCUCCUAAUAUUGCAUUUUUGUGCAGCUCCACUUGUACUCAACAAAUCAGUGCCUUGCAAAGAACCAGAACAAGUGGUAUCGAGUUCAGCUGAGCCUGCCUACAAUCCCGGGAUCUGGACACGAACCCCUCCGCUCAUCAGUCAGCUCUCUCAAUUUCCAAGCCCACGUUUAAUUUAUUUUCUCUCCAUAACUUGUAACACAGCCUGUACAUUGUUUACUCAUCCCUGUAUGUUUUCCAUUUUUCCUGCCUUAAGCACACGCGCUUCCAAAACACAAUCUAUGAAUGUACAUAUUGUUCCACACGUGCUUUUUUUUUCUUCUUUUCUUAAAACCCUAUUUGAUGCCACCUGAAGAAUGUACGUGUAAAGUUCUGCUGAUUGCCUUGUGCCUUGUAAAAUAAUGCUCCCUUGUGUUUUGUGCUCAAAUAAAGUGCCUACUGUCGGA